AUGGCCUACAACACCGGCUACGGCGGCUACGGCGCCAACCCAUCCUCGAAUCCUCCCUCUUCCGCCGCUCAAAACCUUCAAUUCUACACCUCUUCGUACGGUGACCCCACAGGCCGAGUCUCCGGCCACACGACACCUGCGCAGGGCGCAUAUGCCAACUAUGGCAUGUCUGGCAUGUCACAAGGCUUUGGAGGUGUAGGACCUGUAGGUGGGCAAGAUCCGAAUCGACAGUUACAACCUGGGUUACUUGCGGCGUUUGGAACGGGAGGUUAUGAUGAUGAGCCACCGUUGUUGGAGGAGUUGGGGAUUAACUUUGGACAUAUUAAGAUGAAGACAUUAAUAGUCCUUAACCCGCUUGCAUCGAUAGACCAGCAUAUCAUGGACGACAGCGACCUGGCGGGUCCGAUCCUCUUCUGUUUCUUAUUCGGCACAUUCUUACUUCUCUCAGGAAGAGUCCAUUUUGGUUAUAUUUACGGCUGCGCCUUCUUCGGUUCCCUAACCCUCCACUGGAUCCUAAACCUCAUGGCCCUCCCUGGCAUCAAUAUAAACUACAUCCGAUCCGCCUCCGUCCUAGGGUACUGUCUAUUACCACUAGUAUUUGUUUCCUUCUUCGGCGUCGCAUUCCCCAUGGACGGUAUGAUUGGAUUCGCUAUCACAAGUGUAGCGAUCGGUUGGUGUACAUACAGUAGUUCGGCAAUGUUUGUGGCGGUAUUGAGGGUUAGGGAUAUGAGAUUGUUGGUGGCGUAUCCGUUGGUAUUGUUUUACUGUGUCUUUGGGAUUAUGAGUAUUUUCAGUAGUAGAGGGGGUGGGGCCGGGCAGCAGCAGCAGCAACUGGCUAAUGCGGCUUCUAAGAUCGCAAAGGCAGUGGAAGGAGCGAGGGGAGCUUAA